AGAAAACUGAGUCAACGGGCCAGUUAAACACCGUUUUUCUCAUCGGCAAGUCGGUCGCUGUUCAAAACUAUUCAACAAAUUAAAUUGUUGUCUGCUGACCAUGAAAAGCUGGCCAUGAAACAUUUUUGCAACUAAGCAUUGGACAAGGUAAAAUCCGCCCAAAAGGAACAAACGGAUUAACUUUUAUGUGAAAGUGGGCAAAAGAUAGACAUGGAACCAGGAACGACUCCAUCGCCUGUUUCAGCACCAGUUGCUGCGCCUGUGGCGCCAUCAGCAGUGGCUGCCCCUGUCCAAGUAGUUAGUCCUGCGGCAGUGGCUCCCGUACCAGCGGUAGUGGCUCCCGCACCAGCGGCACCGAUUGCAGUCACUCCAGUUGCUCCACCGCCCACCGUUGCAAGUGUGCAACCAGCAAAAGUUACUGCUCCUGCUCCAGCUCCAAUUGCUGCCGCAUCCGUCGCUCCUGUCGCAUCUGUAGCGCCUCCAGUUGUUGCAGCCCCAACUCCGCCGGCAGCAAGUCCAGUUUCAACACCAACCGUUGCUGUUGCUCAGAUUCCGGUCGCUGUUUCAGCACCAGUGGCACCUCCCGUUGUUGCAACACCCACUCCUAUUGCCCCAGCUCCUAUAGCUGCACCUGUGAUAGCAACGCCACCUGUUGCUGCCGCAGCUCCUGCUCCGGCUGCUGUUUCACCACCCGUGGCGCCUCCAGUUGCUGCGACUCCCGUUGUUGCUCCUGUGAUGGCCACACUACCUGUGGUUCCCGCUAACACCACUGUUCCCGUUGCAGCACCUGUAGCUGCUGCUCCUGUUGUUGCUCCAGUUGUUGCGCCUGCCGUUGCUCCUGCAGUUGUUCCCGUCGUCGCCGAGACUCCAGCGAUCGCGUCACUACCUAUUGCUGAAACUCCGGUUGCAGCCACACCGGAGUCCGUUGCUUCUCUCAUCCCCGAGGUUUCAGCUCCUGUUGCCGCAGCACCAACUGUUGCUGUUCCCGAGACUACUGUCGCCGCCACUCCAAUCGUGGCAACUGAGCCAGUGGUCGUUGCUCCAGCGGCUACUGAAACCCCAGUCGUUGCUCCGACUGAAACUUCACCGCCUGUGUCGGUUGCACCACCUGUGGAGACCGCAGUGGUGUCACCUGUAAGUGCUCCGACUGAGCCUCCGGUAGCUGCUGCAGCUUCAACAACUGCACCAGAAAUACCAGCCGUUGCUCCAGUCGUUGCCGAGUCUCAAGUUGCAGAUACUGCUGUAGCUACACCUCCUACUCCUGCCCCAGAGCCAGAAACCAUUGCACCACCUGUUGUUGCAGAAACCCCAGAAGUUGCUCCAGUUGCUGUUGCUGAAAUAACACAACCAGUUGUGCCUCCUGCAGCAGCAGAAUCAAUACCAGCUGCAGUCGUUGCCACGACUCCAGUUCCUGCAAUACCAGCACCAGCAGUAACGGAUCCGGAAGUCACUGCAUCUGCUGUUCCCGAAGUAGCUCCAGUGAUCGAUCCAUCACCUGUUUCUAGUGCUGUUGCUGAAACUCCUGUUGGCGUACCUCCACCUGUUGUCCCUCCUGUGGCUGACGAACCUGUACCAGCUGUGGUGGCUGCCGAAACCCCAGCUCCUGAGACAACAGCAACAGCACCAGUGACCAUAACAACUUCAGAUAUACCAGAAGUUGCUCCUGUGAUCGCCGCACCCGCUGAUGCACCUGCUGAAGCUGCAGCUGUCGCUGCACCAAUCGUUUCUACUCCGACAACUACCGCUUCUGUUCCCGAAACCACUGCACCACCUGCGGCUGUGCCUACGGAGCCUAUAGAUGCUUGUGUACCAACAGAGGCUGCCGUUGAAACGCUAGUUCAACCGCCUGUCGAAGUUACAACAGAAGUUGUAGUUGCAGACGUUGCUCCACCUGAGGCAGCUGCUGAUUUAAUAAUAGAGCCUGUGGAACCACGAGCUCCUAUUGCAGAUUCAAUAGAACAAGCUACUUCCGCGCCAGUUGUUGAAGCUGCAGAAACAACAUCUUCGCCUGUACCAGAGACCUCAUUACCGCCGCCAACCGAAGCAGUUGCCUCUCCAGAAGUGGCUGUCGCUGCAGUUACAGCUCCAGAACCCAUACCCGAACCGGAACCAAGCCUAGCGACUCCUACAGAACCCAUACCUGUGGAGGCACCUGUCGCAAUCCAGGAACCAGUGGUUGCCGUAGAGGAGCCAGUGACAGAAACUCCAUCAUCGAUUCCAGAAAUUGCUGCUGAGAUUCCUGAAGCUGUAGCCGAAAAAGUCCUGGAUCCUGCCAUAACUGAAGCUCUAGCCACUACUCCGGAACCAGAUGCUGCCAACAUCAAUGACGCUGCUCCAGCUACCGAAAUCACCACACCCGCUGUUGAAAUCGUUACUGCUGCUGCAGAAGUAUCUGAUACUGCCAUUGACCCUCCGGUUCCACAAGAGAUCGAAGCAGCUGAAAUUCCAGAGACGGAGACAAAGCCGGAGGUCAUUGUUGAACAGAGCACCAUCCCAAUAGAGGCAGCAGUCUCGGAGGUUUCAAUAUCUGCAGAACCAGUGAUUUCUGAAGCUCCAGCUGCCGAAGUACCAAUUACGGCUGAGGACACCCCAGAAAAUACUACAUCUGAAGUUGUUCCAACUAUUGCAGAGAAACCAGUUGAAGAGGUUCCCACUGCGGAAAUUCCCGAACAAUCAUCGCCGCCCUCAGAUUCUGUUCCCGUGGCAAAGAUAACUCCUUUGCUAAGAGAUCUUCAGACCACCGAUGUUUCGCUAUUGGCCAUUGCAGCCACCCUGGAUGCCAUUGGAGAAAAGCUAAAGGAUCAAAAGGCCAGAAAUCAGCAGGUAAUGGACAGACUCUGCGAAAUCGAGAAAAUUCUUGGCCCUCCCAAAUCCAAUUAGCUCAAGUUAAAAGCCUAGAUUAUUUAAAGGAAAGCUACUAAUAAAGAGUUAUUUCAACAAAUUUAAAGUA